AUGUGGUUUAUUCGAAAACAUUUUGCAUCCCAUGCAUACGCUAUUGUAUUUUUCAUAUUAUUUUGUAUUUGUUUAUACAUAACAUUUUAUGAUAAAACAAUUUCGUCCACAUUACCUGUUAUAACACCAUUAAUAACAGUACACACUAAGACAUCAUCAGGUCAAUAUCUUGACGUGCACUUAGAUUUAGCAACCAAUUCGGCAAUGUGUCAAAAGCAUGAUUAUUUAAUUAUCUAUGUUUUAUCGACAAUUACUAAUGUACAGCGGCGACAGGUUAUACGCUCGACUUGGGGAUCAAAGCAGAAAGGUGUCUGCUUUGUAUUUAUUGUCGGACAAGUUUCAGGUACAACAGCAAAUGCUGGUGAAUAUCAACUGAAAAUUAAUAAUGAGAAACGUGAACAUCAUGACGUGGUUCAAAUCGAUCAUUUCGAAAGUUAUGCAAAUGUUAUUUAUAAAGAAAUAGCUGCACUAAAAUGGGCUAAUCAUUUCUAUCCAGAUAUUCCAUAUUUAUUUAAAACCGAUGAUGAUCUUAUUGUUGAUACAAUUUUAGUAUCGUCUAUUGGUAAACUACUUCUAACAAAUGUUUCACUUCACGAUUCUUUUCUUGUACAAAAUCGUCCAAAUUUGGUUUCAAGUAUAAUAUCAUCUAAUCGAGAAACAUUCUUUCGUGGUGGUUGGGCAACGGAUUAUCAACCAACAUUACGUGAUGGGAAAUUUGGUGUUAGUGAAAACGUUUGGCCACAUGCAGUACUUCCAGCUUACUGUUCCGGUUUUGGUUGGUUUAUGUCAAAAAAUAUUCGUGAACGUCUUGUAAAUGCAUCUCUUACCUAUCCAAUUGAGAAAGCAGCUUGGGUUGGUGAUGUAUUCGUAUCAGGAUUUUUAGCUAAAGAAGCAAAUGUGAAAUGUACAGGGCUUGAAAUUGAUUUUGCUCAAACAGCUUCAGCUAAUUGUUCAUGUUUAAUGGUUAACAAUCCAAUGUUAACUGUAUGUUCAUCAUCAUUUCAUUCUGGUGGUGGUGGUACAGAAAUACAAAGAUAUUUAGAAUAUCAAAAAGCUUGGCAAGUUAUUCAAUUACGUCAUAAUUCAACUGAUAGGAAAAUUUAUGCUUGUUAA